GCACAAGUGAAUAGCAGUAUUCAGUUUACUCGCUUUAAGAGUGCGAUAACGUUAUUUUCCUCACCGUGUUUAAAAAACAAUGUCUGCUCUAGAUGUCAGCGUAUUUCCCAGCGACUUUGCAUGGGGAGCUGCGACAGCUGCUUAUCAAAUUGAAGGGGGCUGGAAUUUGGAUGGUAAAGGCCCUAGCAUAUGGGACACAUUCUGUCAUGCCAAAGGGCAGGUGUUUGAGGACCAGACAGGAGAAGUAGCCUGUAACAGCUAUCAGCUCUGGGAAAAGGACCUGAAAUGUAUCCAACAGCUUGGACUCACACAUUACCGUCUGUCCAUAUCCUGGUCACGGCUCCUUCCUGAUGGGACCACAAAUCAUGUCAAUCCAAAAGGUGUGGCGUAUUAUAACAAAGUGAUCAACGACUUGAUUACUUGUGAUGUUACCACCAUGGUGACAUUGUACCACUUUGACUUACCUCAGGCCUUACAGGAUCGUGGCGGAUGGAACUCAGCAGAGAUUGCAGACAUCUUUGAAAGUUAUGCCAGGUUUUGCUUUAAGACUUUUGGGGACAGAGUGAAGCUCUGGAUCACAUUGAAUGAGCCUUAUGUUUGUGCCAAGCUAGGCCAUGAGGAUGGCAUUAUUGCCCCUGGGAUUAAAGAGCCUGGAAUUUCAGCCUACGUAGCUGCUCAUAACAUGGUGCGCGCCCACACCAAGGCCUGGCAUAGUUAUAAUGCUGAUUUCAGACCUUUACAAGGAGGGCAAAUAUCGCUUGCCCUUAACAGUGACUGGACAGAACCAUUGGACCCUGGUUGUCCUAAAGAUGUAGCAGCCACAGAGCGAUACAAAGCCUUCACAUUGGGGUGGUUUGCUUGGCCCUUGUUUUGCACAGGGGAUUACCCAGAGUCUAUGAGAUCAAGGAUUGAGGCUAAGAGCUUGGAACUGGGAUACAACCAAGGCUCACGGCUACCACACUUCUCCAAGAACGAGCCCUCGCCUCUGGGUACUGCGGAUUUCUUUGCGCUGAACUACUACACAUCUCGAAAAGUCAAAGAUUGGAAUAGUGCUUGUAAAAACAGUGAGCUCAGUUUUAAAUGUGACCAAGGUGCAGAAGGGGUUGUUGAUCCUUCAUGGCCCAUAUGUGGGGUGCACUGGCUGGCUGUUGUGCCUGAUGGAUUGCGGAAGUUGUUAAAACAUAUAAAGGACACUUAUACCAAUCUACCCAUUUAUAUCACAGAAAAUGGCUUUUCACAGAUGGGGCCUGUUCAAAUAGAAGAUGUUGACCGGUGCCAUUUCUAUCAUGACACUCUGCAAGAAGUUUGCAAAGCUAUCAGUCAAGAUGGAGUGAACGUAAAGGGAUAUUUUGCCUGGUCACUAAUGGAUAACUUUGAGUGGAUUCAUGGCUUCAGUGUGCGCUUUGGCUUGUUUCAUGUGGACUUCGCCACACCUGAGCUGAAACGCACCAUUUACCGCUCUGGUAGAGAGUAUGCAGCUGUGAUAUCCAAACAUCGCACAGAGACCAAGUCAAAAAAUGUUGAAGACAUUUUAUCAAGAAAUGUAUAAGUAAAAUUCAGUCAUUCUACUUGUGAAAAAGUUGCGUUUUUGCAUCCUAAAUCAUGUUGAUUAGCCUACCUUUUGAUCUGCCAUAUCAAAAAUGUGGUUGCCCUAUUGUAGAUACAGUGAUGGUUGCUGUGUAAUUUAGUGGGACAUUUGAACCUAUUUUGUAUAAGCGAUUUGAUCACACUAAAAUCAUGUAACACACUAUAGUUUUGAAACAGGGAAUAUAUUUACAUUUGUAGAUUGGCCACAUUUACUUCUAAAAUCAUGUAACACACUAUAGUUUUGAAACGGGGAAUAUAUUUACAUUUGUAGAUUGGCCACAUUUACUUCUAUUGCAAGUGCCUUACUCUAACCCAAAUUUGUGCUUUUUUUUUUUUUUUUAAAGAAAAGGAGGGACAAGUCAAAUGUUUUUUUUUUUUUUUGUUAACAACAUUAUGCUACAAAUGCUGUCGAUGGAGCUUAACUUGUAUAGAACCUGGAAUAUUCCUUUUAAUAUCUUUUGUUGAAGCCUCUUGAACAUUUUAGCUUGAAGGAAAAUAUAUGGUAUGGUUCUGUUCUGUUGUAAGAUGAACUGUAAUUUCCUAAUAUUUUCUAUAUGAUAGUUCAUUUUUGGAUACUUCUCAUAACCAAAACAAAAACUAAAACCUUUUUGAGCUCAAUGAGAAUGAAUGACCUUUUCAUGUAGUAUUUAAGAAUUGUGCAGAUUACAAAUUAAUGAAGGAGUCACAUAUGUAUUUACAUUUACAUUUAUGCAUUUGGCAGACACUUUUAUCCAAAGCGACUUACAGUGCAAUUAUUACAGGGACAAUCCCCCUGGAACAACCUGGAGUUAAGUGCCUUGCUCAAGGACACAAUGGUGGUGGCCAUGGGGUUAGAACCUGUGACCUUCUGAUUAACAGCCCUGUGCUUUAGCCACUACACCACCACCACUCCUUAUUUAACCAAACUUACAAAGUUAGGCAACAGUGGAACUCAUUAUCAUAAUAUAAAAUAACUGACUAAUUUGCCUGCUAAAAAACAAACAAAAUACAAUGCAGAUUUUUGGUUUUUAAAGAUGCUGAGAGAAAGACAGAUGUAUUAUCUGCUGUAGAGUGGCUUUCCCCCACUGUAGAAUAUUUGUACAAAGUAAAUGUAUAAACAGGAGCAAUUAGUCAAAUAUGUUUACAUAUGAAGAUAGAUUGAUGAAGACAUGACUCUGCUCUUCUUCUUUUCAUCAUCAUAAAAAGAUAUUACAAAUACAGAGGGUGCCAACAUCCUGUCUCUGUGAUUUGUUGACAUGCACUGCCUCUGUGUGGUUUAAAAUGGUAUUAGAGUUGUAACAGCAUUUUAAGCUGGUUUAUUUUGCUUGUGACAUUUCUAAAUGUAUAUGUGACAAACAAGGUAUGUGAACCAUGAUUCCUACAGUGUCUGUAGGCAUUGCACAGACCUAUUUAAAGGAGCAAACUGAGACACAUAAGGCAAUGUAAUGUGCAUGCAAAAUAACAUUUUGUUAACUAUACUGCACAUGCAAUUGCUGUUGGGAAUGUUUACGCUUAACCUAAUCGUAUAGCCAGAAACUCCCAAGAUAUGAAGAUCCUGUUCCAUUUAUUUACCUUCUUGCAUUUAAGCUCAACACUGUAACACCUUUUAUUAUUCCGUCUAAAUAAAAUAUAAU